AUGUGGACGCUGGAAGACAUGCUUGAAGAAAUAUCCACGGUACACCGAAUUCUACUCUGCUACUCAGUGGCUAUAAGCGUGGCUAUUGAGUGGCUAAGACUGAACCAUGAAGACACACUGCUUUCCAUCUUUGUAGAGAUGGUUCAGUUCGCUGUAGUGGUUGAUUGCAUCUUGAUCAUUACGUACCAUCUUAUGCAUCUAUCGGCAUCCAACCGGAUGCUAGCAACUGUGGUAUACCAAACACCUCUUGUCACUGGGCCGCUCGCUGAAUUUGAGCUUACCAGACUGAUGCUCAUGGAAAACGCGACGACAGCCGCUAACAUCUUCCUGGUCGGAUGUAUGUAUGCGAAGCCCUUGGUAGCAGGCGCGCUCUGUCUUGUCCUCCAUAACCUUUACAUUGGAGGACCCGGGAUGCAGCCACAUGCCAACAUUCUCACAAAUGUUUCCAAAGUCUUUUUACGCAGUGCGGCCUUGGCUGCGCUCUUCACAUACGGAGUCGGGCUGGAGUCGCUCCCUAUCCUCACAGCUGCUGCGGGAGACAGCCUGUGGCUGUCCCGGGGGGUACCUAUCCUACUUCUCUUGUCCAUUAGUCUUGCUUGUUACUUCUGGUACUGGUAUGCUGAGAAGUACCGUGAUAUUGCAAGCAAGAGCUAUAAUAGUCGAAGAGACCCUGAGUGGAUUGUGCUGCUAGUCUGCCUAGUGGCGCUGAAGUUAGCUGCUGCUAAUCUAGUGCAUAGCGUGUGGAAGCAAAUACGAGGCGUUGCAUUGACAAUGGACGAAGAUAUUGCUUGGGAAUCGAGUGAUGCUGUUGUCCAGUUUGCUAUCCUCCCGCUCGCUACUGCUGCUGUGGACCACCUCGCGGACAUCAGCGCUGCCUACCGGGGGGACAUAUACUGGUCCUGGAUUAGCAUUUGCCAAUCAACAUUGCAGACAUUUUUUCUCAUUAGGCCACUGUUCGUGCUCGUCGGCCACGAUCUUGACCCACGCAGCGGUCGAAUCGGUAUUGCGAUGUGCUUUCUUGGCAUUGCGCUGUGGCUAUCGCUGCCAAUUCAAUCCCGAUUGCUAAAAGGCUCGGUUCUGCUUCUCAUGUACUCGGGAGUAGUGGCUUUGUGUGCAGCUCACUUUGACUAUUUCAACACCCAUAUAUCCUAG